AUGAGAUUUGUGGGGGUAACAGAAAAGAAUUUCGAUUCCAUCUUCAGACGAUCCUGUGUCUGGUUGCCGCAAGCUCGUUUCAUUGAGGAGACCAUCAUCAAGAACAAGUUCACCGAUGCCAAUACGGCCGGCUACUUUCGCAAAGACGAUUCCCUGAAGAAAUUCCUUUCUAGCGGACCCUGUAUUGCAGCAGCAUUGCGGUUACAGCAUGGCUUCGAAGUGCAGCACUCUCGUGAGAUGUGCAAGGAUCUGAUCGAAGCAUAUGCCAAUCAGCCGCUAAUCGAGGACGCAAUGAGGGAAGCGCGCGGUCUGCCUCGCAAACAUCGGUCGGGGCCGGACGGUGAACUCACCAUUCCUGUGGAUUCUUCUAGCCAGGAGAGUAAGAAAGAUACCGACCAGCAGUUUGUCAAUGUGGCUGAAGCCAUCCGGGAGGAAUGUCUGCAAAAGGGCAAGACAAUAUUCACGAAGGGUAUGUUCAAGUACCUGAAGCUGCCGACCGAGCACCCAACUGACAUGACAAGGGAUGCUAUAUGGGAAGUCCUACUUUCGCGCAAGUUGGUAAUGGCCGCCAACCUGGACAACUCCAAGUACAAGGAUUGCGUGAUGCCUUUCAUUCAGGUUCCGGUCAAGCUGGCCACUUUCGUGAACACAAGCCCUGGGUCGGAUGUGACACAUUCGGAAGUGCAUGAUGUGGCAUCUCUAUUGAAGUAUGCCAAUGGUUGUCCUGACAGAGAAGCCAACGUUUGUCAAGUUCUUGAGUAUCUGGACAAGUCAAUAGCCAGGCUUAAGAAGCGAGGCAAGCAGUCCGCCACUGCCAUUGAGAAGAUGGCCAACCUGGAGAAGAUGAGAAAGAAGUUGGUCGCGUCCGAAAGGAUGCUAGAAAGUCUUUUGCGUGACCAGCGUGCUCAGUCACAUGAAGCUCCGGAAGGUAAAAGGAGAAGGAUAGCCUGCAAGACAUCUGCCUGUGACCUCAUUCGCACCAGAGCAUAUGUGGAAGGCGAUGGUGCUCAGAAGUGCUCUCGAAGGAUUCUGCAGAUACUUUGUGCUGAUACGCAUGAUCUCGACAUCUCCAAUUCCGUCUUCGUCAUUAUGCAUCAGUUGUUCGAACGGCUGGACAUGAAGAAGGUAAUGCCAGCACAUCUUUGGGAAGUUCUGAGAAAGGUAGCUACAAAUCGAAGCGGUGUCUGCAACGAAUUGGGGCUGACUGUCAAAGAAGGCAAGGAGGUGCUUCACUCGUGCCUUUUCGGUGCCAAUACUCCUGUAAGCCUUGGCACCAACGAGUUUAUGCAGUCAUUCCAGCGGAUGGCGCUCUUCAUGCGCUGGACGGCGUGCUCGCUGCUUCCCGAUGUGUAUGAACUUGUGAGGACUAUGAAAGAAAAGCGAAAUCCUGAUGCAUCGGUGUUAUUCUAUUUGUAUGUGCUGGUGGAAGACACUGUUCUACAGGCAUGGGAAGACCAUCUGGUGCGCCAAUUUAGCCCGAAACAUAUCUCCCUGCACUUCGACGGGCUACGGAUCGACGCGUCGUAUGGCAACUGUAUUCUUCGGGCAGUGGCCCAGCUGUUUCCAGGGAAGGCGGCGCAAGUUCUGGAAUACGUACAGGAGUCCAGUGCUGCCAACAGCCAAGCUGCAUCGCAUGGAUCGAGAUGCUACAACGAUGUGCUGACAGCACUGGGCAUACACGCGGUGCCUCACCUGGGCUUCUCCAUUACGGAGCAGGGUAAAUACCUCGUGCACACAGAACAUACAGGGCGACCUCAUUGCGUGUCCGUUGACGUGGCGUUGACAGACGGUGAUGUCCUGUCUGCCGAAGUGGGUGGUUGUACUGAGACGCUGGACAUGCCGCUGACCAAGCUACAGGAUGCAUCUCAAAAUGCGAUGGACUCUAGUUCCAUUGUGACUUUCCGGCUGUUUGACCAACGUGGAGCGAACUUGGAAUUGCUGCUUCUGCUGCAUGCAGGGGCAGGCGCGGAGAGCUCUGAUGAUAUUUGGGUUCAGGAUGCAGCGGCUGUUUUGCAAUGCAGCAACAACGAAUCAGACGAUGAAUGCCCUGGUUCUUUGCCGACGGCAGAUGACGAAGACAUCGUUUCUGUCUCGAGUAGGUUGUACAAACUACUGCAAGAAGAAGUGCAUCAAGCGAAACAAAGCCAUUCUGCAGACAAGCGUUGCCCGCUGUGUCCAUUCCGAAAAUUUUCCAGACGGGACAGGCUGCUGGCUCAUAUCAAGACAUAUCACGUGCCAGAGAGACACUUUGUGUGUUCCGGGACCAAACAACUCAAGGUCGUUUGUGCUCUCUUCGACCAGGAUCAGCUCAACAGAAAUUCCGGUUCGGAUUACUUGAAGAGAAGUGCUGAGAUUAUGUUCCACAGUAUUGUCCCCAAGCUCAACUGCUGCGUGAACGAAGUGGAUCGCUAUAUCCGUCUCGUCCUUACAGAAACAGGGCCAAUGUUUCAGAACAUUGAUGGGCUGGGAGACAGGCGCCUAAGGAGAGUCAGAAACCUUUAUGUGACUCGUGGAUUUGCUGAUUUGGUGUAUCAGGAGGCACUGCUAUGCAACGGAAAGUGCAAAUCAUUGCGUUCUCGAGUAUCUUACAUUCUUUCCCAGCGCGGUUGCACUCUUACGUCGCUCUUGCCGACAGACGUAAGACACUGGUGGCCACUCAUCGAGGACGUGUUCAACUCCCCGCAAGUCAAGCAGUUGCAUGAUGGUAUAACCCAUUUCCUCUGCUCUCGCGACGAGUACAAGUACAUAUCCAUUGAUGCAACGAUAAACUGUUGUGUCUCCAUACUGGGACAGGCGUCAUGGCGCAGCAACGUUGUAACAAGAAAUGAGGCACCGUUUGAUGAUGUUUCAGCUGUCCGCCGAGUUCUUACCGUGCGAGGCCGUACCGGUGCCGUGCUGGGCAUGUUUGCAAUAGCGUCGGAGAAAGCAGAGGAAGUGGCAAUGGCACUUGGAGCCAAUCUUCCCUCGGAAGGCCUCCGGCAGGUCAGGAUGGUUGCAGCGGACAAUGCAUCGAGAAAACUAUAUCUACAUCUUCGGCGAAUAAUGCCUGGUCUGGAAAGUCUUUGCCUGGAUCCUAUUCACUUGGCAAUCACCUAUGAGUAUGCGACAUGGCGAAAGAAGACAGCAGGCGCAGUCUUCCUCAGGAAAGUCCUCAAGAAGCUGAUCGUGGUAGACGCAAACAAGUCGGAAGGUUCAUGGGGCGUCUACUUUCGUGGGUAUGAAGAAAGGCCUUUAUCCAUGUUGGAAUCUCGAAGACGAGAUUUAAUCACUUCGGGUACAAUGCUGGCGCCAAAAGCUAAGAGAAUUGUGGACAGUCUCGACAGUGCAGUACCAUUUGGCUGCAGACUGGAAUUCAUCGAAGCGUUGGCUGCACUCGCAGCGGUCUUCCGACUUGAUAUGGCACGAAAAGUCACCGGUGCCAAUGUACCACUUCAUCAGGUUCUGAAAUGUGCUUGUGCGCCUGAUCGACUGGAGUGGCUUUUCAACAACCUCCGAUGGCGACAUUCGCUGCGUCCUGGACUUACUGCGUUGCACAGUGAGGUGAAGAGUUGGUUCAAGCAGACACAGCAAAUGCAUCAAAGCACGCUGCAGCUAAAGCUGCGGGUGUUAACCUUAGGCAAAGUUUUGCCUCAUUAUGGUGCUUUGCGAUAUCCGACUCUCAGUCAGAUGAGUAGUGGUCUCGUGCUGGCUCGGAUCGUCACUGCAUCCGUGUGGACAGAUGACACAUGGAAGCAGUGGUGUCACAGUACGGAGAAAGCCGACCUUCCACUGCAGCGUGACAGAUUGGAAGAGGUCAAAAAGGUCAGCGACUGGGUUUCCAAGAAACCCGCAGGACGCAAUGGCCUCAAACGAAAGCGUACAGUUUUCACUAUGGAGCGCAACCUCAAUGCUCGACCACGCGGCAUUCGGUGCAAAAGUCGCUCUGCGAAGCUGCUGGAGCAUGUUCAUUGUCAUGUGAAGCUGCUGGAGCACGGCCUCCACGUCCGCAGUGUCAUCGAGAUGCGGAAGGUUUGCACGGCGGCGCCGACGUCGCCUGCGGGUGCUGGUGCCGCCGCCGCGAAGGCUCUGCGAAAGGCCAGAGACUCCAGGCCCCAUCGUCCUCUGGCCAACGAACAUCCGGCAGCACUGGCAGCAGAUGCGGAACACGUGGAGCGAUGCCGCAGCUGCGCCCCCCGGAGACCAUCCCCAGAUGAAUGGGCCGAGACCGAGAUCGAGACCACCACCCAGCAGCCCGCCGCCGGUGGCCGCGGACAGCUCGGUGCCCACGAUUACACCAUCAUCGGCGACUCCCGCCGCCCUCCCGGACUCCUUGCCGCUGCCGCCAUCAUUGCCACCAUUGCCGAGGAAGAGGCGGCCAAGCUCGAAGAGGCCUCGCACGUUUCAACAUCUCGGUGCAAUGCAACCUGGGCCUGGUUGCAGCGAAAAGAAUGGGAAGCGGGAGUUGCGAACCCGAAACGCAGGGGGGAAUUGGCCUCGGCCACGGCCGAGGAGCGAAAGAAAGCAGAGGCGGCCGCAGAAGAGGAUGGGAAAAUCACUGCGGCAGAGAUCGACGAGCUUGGACCUCAGGGCAAUCACUGGAGGCAGUCGGACACAACGCUCCGAAGGAUUCACCUGCCAAGCUGCCCCGUAGCCUUGAAAGCUGUGUUUCCGUACAUCUUUGAGGAGCCUCUGGGCACUUUCCAUGACCUCGAGGCAGGGGAGACCUACUUCGAGAAGGCGAAGCAGAACUUCGCCGGCGUCAAGUCCGCGGCCACGCGCGGCGAGGGUUGCAGCUGCCUCGAAGGUAGAGUGGCUGCCUCUUCGGGUGUGAUACAGUUGGGUCGAAACGAGUGCGCCUCGUUGGCCCGAGAGGGGCGGCCACCCUACACCAGGGCGCAGCUCAUCGAGGCCGUCGAAAGGAUCAGAAGCGGCAAGGCGGCGUGCGCAAUCUACCGCCGGGUGGUGGCUGCGUGCGAGAAGGAAAACUUGCGGUUGGCGCAGUCGGAGAAUGUCUUCGACAACCCCCCAGCCCAGGCCUGGUACAGUGGCGGCGCAGCGCAGCCAGUGAGGGCAGAGGCCCCGCACCCGCAGGUGAUUAACAAUCAGCUCUAUCAGGGGAUCAAGGAUCGCGAGGCACACGAGGUUCCACUGUUGGAUGAUCAGAACAUUCAUGCUUCAGAUGAAGAAAAGGCGGGGCGUUGGGCUCGUGCCGCAGCGCGAAACGAAAAUGAGAGACUGUGCUCUGAGAUCGCCUACACGGAGUCGCGGCGGGCCUUCGCAAAGCGAGGACCUGCGCGAAACGCGGCACAGGGUCCUGGCGGCCUAGGCGCUGGCGUUUCUCUGAGCCUGGCGUUGGCGACCUUUGCCCAGGGUUUCAAGAAGCGCCAGGAGGUGCUACAGUCCCCGGAGGCUUACAACGUUUGGCUGCAGGAGCUGAUUGGAAGACUCGAGACACACCUCGCAGAGUUGGGUGAGCCAGGCCCGCCGCCGAAGAGCCUCUGCGGUGCCGGCCAGGACUCAGGUGCGGAGGACAGGGAGGCUCCCCGGGAGACAGCGCUGGCUCCCGACGAGGUACAGCUGCUGGCAGCUGCAGGCUAUACGGUCGUUCACGAGGCGCUGGGGCGCUCCCGGCCAGCAAAUGCCUGCGCGGGCCCCGCUGGGGAGCUGACGCAGGAGGACGAACGACAGCUCCGUCGACAGAGCCGGCAGGCCUGGAAAUCUUGCGUGGAAGAGCUCCGAGGAGGUGCUGCGCGGCUCUUUCAGAAGCGCCUUGCAAGCUCCGAGAAGAUUGCCAGGUUUGGCGACCUGCCCGAGGAGGAGGGCGAAGGCUUUCAGGCCUGGGGGGAGGCACCCAUCCUCGAAGGUAAGUCGCCCUCUCGUCGUUCCUGGAGACCGUCUCAGGCACAGCACGAGCUGAUGCAGGCCCUGCAGUUCCAGCUGAGUGGCCGCAACACUGGCGACUCCGACAUUCUGGAAGCAUGA